GUGGCCAUGGAGGCCCUGGGUCAGUGUUGGGUCAACAUGGUGGGCCAGGUUCUGUACUGGGACCUGGCUCUAUUAUGGGUCCGUCUAGCAUCGUCGGACCAAACAGUUUGCUCGGACCUUCAUCGAUGAUUGGCGGAUCUCAUCAAGGGCACAGUGGACGAGCCAAUUCCUCGACUGAUUUGCUGUGGAAAAAUUUCGCUUCUGAAGGCGAAAUUGUUGAUGACUGGGCGCUGAAUUUCUGUGAUGAGAAAGUUGUGGAUGAUUUUGGGAACGAUGUCUACCAUAACAUCCACUAA